UUGGCAGCGGUCACACCGGUAUCGUUGGAGAGGUCCUUGUGGCCGGUGUUGCGGAGUUCUAUUCCUGGCAGGAUGACGAGGGGUCCACGUGACGGUGUUCAACAGGAGCAACGGUGCUUGCUGAGAUGGAUUGCCGGAGCCGAGCCUAAGUGGUCGCGGGCAAGCUGGCGUUAUAUGUCGUCGAAGAGAUCCCCAUGGUUGGCUUUGGGGAUGUUUGUUCCAGAAGGGAUGCCGACGCGCCGUCCACACUGCGGCGAUGGACUGGAUAGGUCGGUACUUGCCGAUAUGGACGCCGGAGCCGAGCCGGAUGGUUGA